GGUUUGUUAAACAAAACCAGGCCGGGUGUACGGUCGGAACAGAAAUUCCUAGAGCUAGCUCUCCUCUCGGCUUGCUUUGACUGCAUAUCCAUCCAUCCCUAGCAUACCAUAUACCUAGGUCACUACUACAAGCAUUGGAUCGUUUUCCUUCUCUAUAAAAACCACACAACCCCCCACGACGCGCCUCCUCUCCGAUGCUCUCUCUUCUCUUCAACAAAUUCUUCUUCCUAGCUUGCAACUAAGGGCAUAUAUCACACACACACACACACGCGCGCGCACACAGAAAAACAACCACACAAGGGAGCAAUCGAACUGAUGUAUGCGUAGUUUGCAGGGAGAAACUUCACACCAUGAUGAGCUGCACCAGAAGAACGAGUGCGAUGAAUCUUGUUGUAGUUACCUUGCUCAUCGUUUCCUUGCUCACUGUUCACCUCCCCGCCGUCGCCUGUGCCCGGCAAGUUGCCGUGCUAAACCCAUACAAGAAUGAACUGGACAACAGAGGAAAUAAGAACCUCGGCGCGGCGUUGGCGGCCACCGCGUCAACCGACGACGACGAUGGUUUAGCUGCCAGCGGCAAGGUGUUCCCAGGGCGGAAGCUCGGUGCGCCGAACAAAGAGGGAACCAAAGCCACCGUGGGAGCGACAACGACGACUUCGGCAGCAGGCUCACGGCCGCGGACGGUGAAGAUGCGCGCAGCGGCGAGGCACGGCGGCGACGAGGCCACCGAGAUGUACGACAUGCUCAGGAGGGACUACACAUCCAAGGCGAACCGCCGCCGGCCCAUCAACAACGGGGCCACGCCGCUGCAGGUGAAUAAGAAGCCCUAGCUGCCUAGAGAUUAGCUACCACUGUGAGCUGUAGCCUGUACGUAAUAGCUAGCUUCCCCCGUCCCCGGCGUGCUCUCAGUCUCGGGCAUGGCAUGGCAUGGCAUGAGUAGUUCGGUACAUAUAGCUAGAGGCCGGCUUUAGUUGCUAGUCCUGGUAGAUUAGGAAGGUUUAUACACUUAAUCGCCCAUAUGGAAUAAUGUCCUGGCUUGUGCCCAGCCUUAAUCUAGCCUUCAAGCUGGACAUCCUGUUUAGCCCAGACUGCAACAGCAUGGACCGUUCAUGUGCAGUGCAGACGGGCAAUUUUGUCACUGGUGUUCAUGCUUGAGGAUAGAUGCCAUGUAGUAUAUACAUCUGCUUUAGUAUCAGGUCGCAGAUGUGCUUAUUUGCUUGUAAUAGUUUCAGUGAUUUACAUGUAUGCGCACCAUUUUACUGCA